AUGACUCAAUCUGAGCUUUUAGAGAAUUUGGAUAGCCCUGUUCCAUACUAUUGUGGGUUAAAAGCUUCUGAUAUAGAAGCCAUACUCUCAGAUUGUGAAAGCCAUUCCUUACAUGAAUUCAUUGAUAGGGAUGAGCCACUUCAUCCUAUUAUCGAUUUUGAUUUGCUCCAAGAGAUAUAUGAUACCAUUGAACCUAAACUUACAAGAAAAGAGAUAUAA